AUGUUUUGAAGAGCUUAGCGGAAGUGGGGGAAGGUAAAUAAGGAACGCCUUGAGAAAGCCAUGCUGUGAAUGGCAGGAAGAAACUCUCGUUGGGGAGAGUCCAGGGGAGCUUGGCUGAGUGGACCGGGAGACGUAGUAAGACCUAAGAAACCAGGAUGUUUGAAUUUUGAACAUGGAUCAAAACCCAGUUGUUAAGCGGCUGUAUGUCGGAGGACUUGAUCAUACAGUUUCUAAAACUGAACUUCAGGAAAGAUUUGGCAAGUUUGGAAAUGUUACAGACAUAGAAAUUGUUAACCGGAGAGAUGAAGGAGGAAAGCCUACAAAAACAUUUGCCUAUAUCAGCAUCACCCUUUCAGAAAAAGAAUUUAGAAAAUGUAUAUCUGUGUUGAAUAAGACAAAAUGGAAAGGUGGAACACUGCAAAUAGAAUUGGCCAAAGAAUGUUUUUUGCACAGAUUGGCACGGGAGCGUCAAGAGGCCAGUGUGAUGAAGGAAAAAAUAAGCUGCAAUGGCACAUCCAACAUUCUAGAAUCUAUGAAGAAAUCUGGAGUUGAAGAUUUUCAUGUAAAAGCAGUACCAGGAACAGAAAUACCAGAUCAUAAGGACUGGGUUGUUGGCAAGUUUGGAAGAGUUUUGCCUAUCCUCCAUAUGAAAGCACAACACACAAAUAAGAUUAUGAAAUAUGAUCCUUCCAAGUACUGCCACAAUCUUAAAAAAUUAGAUUCAGACCUCAGUGGGACAGUUCCAGUUUCUGAACUCACUUGGCAUUUGGACGAAGAUGCUAGCAUCAUGAACAAGAAACGGCAAGGACAAUUUCCUGUUUAUAAGCCACCUAAAAAAAAAGUGAAGAUACAGGACUGUGGUGGUUUGAGUAGUAGAGAAUUGAAAUCAUGUAGCCAGUUUUCAUCAAAAAGAGCAAAUGUACAUAUGACAGAACUAGUUCAAAAUCACACUCAUAUUGCAAAGCAGUACAAAGAACCUUCUAUGGAUCAGAAUUUUGUAACAGAAUCUUGCAGGAAGAGAAGCAACCUGUCUGAAAGUGAUAUUGAUACUGAUGAAGAAAUUCGAGCUAUAUUAACAAAAGAGAAAGGAGUGCAGAAAAUGAUCCCUAAUAUUGAGCCUGAAGAUAGUAUGGAAGUUGUUGGGGAAAAUUUUGAAUUGAAAUAUAGUACUCAUUGGUCUUUGGGAAAAGCACACAGUAUGGAGAAAGUAUGCAAUGGGGAGCUAAGGAGCAUGGAAAACAAAUCUGAGUAUGAUUCAACUGACACUGAUGAAAUUAUAGCUGUGACUCAAACAUCAAAUCGAAAAAAGAGAAGAAAGGAAGCACUAAAUGGGUCUAAGGCCACAAAAGAGAAAACUGGAAGGUUUAAGAAAGGUGUACUUUCACAGGAUAUAUGUUCCAGUUCUUCAGACUUGUAUGGGUCAACAUCUGACAAACAGAAAGGUGGGGAAAAAGCAACACCAAAAAAGGUAAAUUCUGAGAUUGUACAUGAACAGAGCACAGAUGCCAAUAAGUGUACAUUGGAGAGUGAUGAUGUAUAUCUUGCCACAAGUGAAUCUGAAGUGGAUGAAGAUUAUGAAACCAUGAUGAAAAACUGUUACCGACUAGACCUUACAUUAGAAGAUUUAGAACGAUUAGCAGAUGAAACUGCUGAAUCUUCAGUUGAUGAUGAAUCUUCAGGUGACACUCAAUCUAAAACUAAGGAAUUUGCACUUAAUCAUGUCAAAAAUAUUCCAAAGGCACCCACAGAGUCCCCUGCUCCUAAAAAAUGUAUUUCUCCAGAAGAAAUUCUUGCUGCUAUUUUAAAAGAAGACAGUGCUGAUGAAGAAAAUCCAAAGGAAGGCAAGUCUUGUUUGAAAGUUCAACCUUUUAGAGGAAUUGGGUCACUAAGUGAAAAUGGAGCCAUAAAGAAGCUGACUAAGAGUGAGUCGGAUGCACAUAAAAGAAAAGCUAGGUGUGAUCCCCAGUGCUUGGACUGUGCAAUCAAAAAUCCUAAUUGCAACUUACUCUCAUUAAGAAAAAUUAAGUCUGACUCUCACAGGGGAAAACGCAUAGUAAAAACAGAUGAAAAUUCUGGCUGCAGCAUACUCAACACAGAAGAUAGUGCAGCUGAAACCAGUGACAGGAGUGUUCUAGCUGAAACAAAAGUCUCAACCAAUCAGAAAUCUUUUCCCAAGAGAGCACCAAUAGAAAUUAGUUGCACAGGUUCAGAUUUGAGUGACAACUUGAAGAAUAUCCUUUUGCAAAGCAGAGAGACGCAGCUAGGUUCCGCUGCAACUGCGUUGGAAAAGCAACAGCAAGACAAUAAAAAAAGGCUAGCAGCUUUGCAAGAAAAGCAAAAAGAGAAAGAAUUGCAGAAGAGGCUUAUUCAGGGAGCUCUUGCCCAUCUGGAAACCAAGUCAACAAAUAAACAGAAGCACAUAGUAUUUGAUUCAGAUGAUGAAAGUGAAGCUGAAGUUCUGGUGAGCACUGAGAAAUGUUUAGGAGUAAAGCUGCUAGGAAAAGAGUUCACCACUAAAACCUCUGGAAAGCUGUUUGAAAGCAGCGAGGAUGAGCCUGAUACAGCUGAGGAAGAAGAUGACAGAUUCAAAAUCAAACCUCAGUUUGAGGGUAAAGCUGGUGAGAAGCUCAUGCAGUUACAGUCACGAUUUGGCACAGAUGAAAGAUUUCGUAUGGAUGCUCGCUUCCUUGAAAGUGACAGCAAACCAGAAGAUGAAUUAAAGAAAUUGGAAAUAGAUGAAGAGGAGGAGCUUGCAUUGGAGAAAAAGAAGAAUCUUGAGAUCUUGAAAAAUGUUCUGCAUAUCGAUAUAGAACAUCCCAAGCCUAGCAAGCAGGCUGCAAGUGCCAAAAAAUUCAAGGAUAUUAACACCCUACGCUAUGAUCCUACAAGGCAGGACCAUGCCAUGUUUGAAAGAAAGCCAGAAACUACUGAAAAAGAAAGUAAAGCAAAGAAAAAGAAAAAGAGGGAGGAGGCCCAGAAGCUUCCUGAAGUUUCUAAAGAAAUAUUUUAUGAUGUUGCUGUUGAUUUGAGAAAAGUACUUGAAUCUACUAAACGGAACGAAAAACCAGAAAUAAAACCCUGGGAUAAACAUGAUGAUGUGAAAGAAGCAAUUCCAGUUGAUCUAGAACCUUCAAACAAAGAUAAAAGUAACACACAAGAAGAAACUUGCGGCUUCACAUUUUCCUUUUUUGGUGCUGAAGAGAGGAUAUCACCUGUGAAAGAAGAACCGUAUCAAAUUGAAACAAUAAAGCCUUCAAAAGUUUCGUGGCAAGAAGAUCUACGUUUCCAGGAUAGUAGUUCAGAAGAUGAUGAUGUGCCAGACGUGGUUGAAAGAGAAUAUGUUAAAGAAAUGUCUCCAGCUGCACCACGCUCAGACAUUAGAUUUUUCUUCUUCUCUGAAGAUGAUGAUAGAUUAAAAGAGGGCCCAAAACUCUUCUGCCGAUCGUCUAACCUGGAUGAAGAGAGAGAUGAUUGGGAAAGCAGGCGCCAAAUGUUAAUUGAAGAUUGUCGAAAGAAACAUAAAGAUGCUAGAAGGAAAGUCAAAGUAAAGCACUGAAUGUGGCAGACAAGGGAAUCGGAGACUUAUCAGAAAUCUUGGAGAUACUCCAACUUUUAAUGCAAACAAUUAAGGAAACCACAGGAAACUUGCUGAUUAUUUGAAAAUAAAAAUGGGAGACCAUGUACAGUGUCUGUGUAAAACUAUAAAGGUCUGAGAUGGUGAAGCUUUUAAUGUUUAUAUCUCUGUAUAUUAUAUACAUGUUUACCAUUGAUUAUAGGCUACUGGAAGAUUCUUAAGCAAGAAUGGCAUUGUGUAUUGGCAGUAGUUGUCAUCUUUUCAGGGUGGAGCUAAACAAUUUAGCCUCCAUGUAACAUACUUGGAAAAGGACUAAAUUCUGGUACCAUUCAUGCAUACAGAUGCUAUAGCAUCAUAUAGCAACUUUUGGAGGCAUUUGUUACAUCUUGCAGCUCAUUCGCUCUGGUGUCUCAGUGGUUUGCCAAAUGGUGUUGCAGAGAGUCCAAUCUAUGUGAAUGUAUUCAGUUAAAUACAUUGUAUUAGUGCUUUGACUUCAUGAUUCUUUUUUGAAUGUAAAAUUAUUUUUGCAUCUUGAAUUCCAGCUCCCUGUUGUGAAGAACAGAUCUAAGACUACAGUCUUAAUACACCUCCCAAAUCCAGUAAAGUGUUUUGAGAAGACAGGGGUGGAUAUAGUAGUGGCUUGAUUGGAAUAAACAUAUUUAGGAAAGGAAAUCCAAAGCCAGUAAAGCAGAAGUAUUGCCAUUGGGGUGUGGAUAAAACUUCCAGGCUGGUUAUAGCCUUCUAGAAUGGAUGAUUACACCCAACUUAAAGAAGGCUAAAGGAUUACACCCAACUUAAAAGAGGUUAAAUUUGGCACAUAGUCGAUCAGCAUCAGGUUUAGCAUCCAUUGAAGUAUCCUCAUUUCCAUGACACGAAGGGCUUGUUCAUGUUUUCUUGUUGCUGGCCAGGAUUCAGCUCCGUACAGUGCUACUGGGUGAACAACUGUUUUGUAGAUUUUUACUUUGAGGUGUUCAGGCAUUUUCUUGUCACACAAAAUGCCAGUGGUUUGCCACCAUUUAAGCCACGCAGUAUUGACUUGUGACCGGGCAUCUGUCAAUGUGUUUCCAUCAGCUGAAAGCAGUGAUCCAGGGUAUUUGAAUUUGGUGACCUUGUUUAAUUUCUGGCUGCUGAUUUCAAUUGUUCCAUUUGUUUGGGGGUCACAUUCGAGGUAUUCAGUUUUUGGAAUGUCCAUGACUGCAACUGUUGCUGUAGCACCUGGCGGUCUUUGUUGGCAAGUACGACAUCAUCAGCAUACAGAAGUGUCCAUGGGUUUGCAAGUCAGUGGUAAGAGUAUCCAUGCAGAGUAUAAACAGCAAUGGUGAUAGGGCAGAGCCUUGAUGUAUGCUGACACUGAUGUUAAAAGGUAGGGAGGUUCCUGCUGGACACCGCACCAUGCUUGUUACUUUGCUAUAUAGCAUUUGCAUCCAUUGCACAUAUUCUUCUGGGAUUCCAUGGGUUCUUAGUGCAUGCCAUAUGAGAGCAUGAGGGACCCUAUCAAAGGCUUUUUCCAGGUCCAGGAAAGCCAGGUGCAGUGGUAUUUUCUUUUCUCUAUGUUUUUCCAUUAACAGUCGGGUGGCAUGUAUAGCAUCAGUAGUACCACAGCCCAUGAUGAAACCGCAUUGGUUUGGUGUGAUGGAUAUGUGAUUUCGCAUUUGUUGAUCUAAUAUUCUCUCGAAUAUUUUCAUUGCAUGACAGAGUAGGCAUAUUGGUCUGUAGUUUCUACAGUCGUAUACGUCUCCUUUUCUUUUCCAGAUAGGUAUGGUUGUGCUGAUUGUCCAGGCAUUAGGGAGUUUCUUUUCUUCAAUUAUGCAAUUAAACAGUGAAGCAAGAAAAGUGGCACCCUUCUCUUUGAGCAUUUUCCAUAUUUCUAUUGGAACGUCAUCUGGACCAGUGGUUUUCCCGUUCUUCAUUUUCUUGGUGGCCUUGUUUACCUCAGUGGAACUGGGCCCAAGGUUGGUAGUGCACUUAUUAUUGGUGGAUAGGGGAACUCGGUGUUGCUGAUGCUGGUGAAGUAUUCACACCACCCUUGGAGGAUAUUAAGGUGGGUGCACAGCAGUUUUCCAUCCUCGCUUUUGACUUGAAAGACAUGGUUUAUGUCUGGCAUGAUUUGGCGAGUCAGUACACCAUAUUUGUUCCUUCUGGUGUAUGUAGCUUGUCAUAUACAUUCUGGUAGUGCUCAUUCUGAUCUUGAUAGAUCAGCUGACUAUAAAAAUGUCUUCCUUUUGAAAUUCUGCUGUAAAAUAAAGCCAUACAUUAUAUUCCCCCACCCCCACCACCCAGUUGAAACUUUAUAGAGAACUUCAAACUUGUAAAUGUUUAUAUAUGUAUAUAUUUUAAUAUACUACUUUUUCUAUAAAUUAUAAUAUCCUUAUUGAGUUUGUGUAUGUUAUUGCUGAAUACUGAAAUGUCAUAUGCUGUAACAUUUUCAACCAUUUGUCAGUGGCACAGAUUAGAAAGACAGUAACUAAUGUUGAACUGGUAACAUUCUUGCUAACUUGUAAUAAAUAAUUUCUUGGUUAGACUGUUCAGUCA